AGCUGCAGUAUGUAUCAUUUGGGAACAGCGGCGGGCAAGAAGACAGCCAGCUAAAGGAAGGGGGGGGAAGGUCCCCAAACUCGUGUCGCCAUAGAAACAGGUCCGCUUGGUUCUCGGGUACGCGGAUUCCGUAGGUGGAAAGGCGAAGACGUUGCUCUGCCUCAGAGACAGAACUCCCAUCUGUUGAUUCACUCCCCCAGAUGCCUGCAGUGACUUGGGCUGGUCCACCUGAAACUGUGAGCCAGGAACUCACUCCAUGUCUCCCACGUGGGUGGCAGGAAUUCAGUUAAUAGGAUCAGCACUGCUGCUUCCCCGGAUCUAUAUAAUAAAGCUGGAGUCAGGCGCCAGAGCCCAGUAUUGAGCCCAGAUGCUCAGAUAUGGGACACAGGUGACUGCAUUUUUUUGAAUAUUAUAAACAUACCAUGGAGGAUAACAAGACCAACUCAAGAAGAAUGGAAAGAGACAGGCUGGAAGCCUCAAACUUGCCACCAAAACUUAGUCAUUCUGAGGUGAUGAUGUCAGUGAUAGGUGAACCGCCUACUGCUAAAGACAAAGAAGAAGAAACAAGGAAAGAAAUAGGUGCAGAAAUCGUAGAUCAACUCUCUCUUCUUGAUGUGCUGAGGAUCUUAGCAGUCCUGGAAGAUACCACAGACCAGCUCUCUAUUAUAAACUAUAUCAUGCCAGUUCAGUUUGAAAGAAGGCAGAGCACCAUCGUGAAAGACACAAGUAGCCUGGAAAAAGCGAUGAUCACAACAGCUAUGAAAAUGUCUAACCCAUCCCCGCCUAAAGGACCCAAACUGCCAGAAAUCAGACAAGGAGGCCAGUUUGCUGGAGAAUAUAACAAAACACAGGAUUUCAUCUUCAGAAAACCUACGUGGCAGACCAUAAUGACUAUGGAGACUCUGAAGAAAAUUCAGAAUGACAGGCGAUUUUUCAGUAAUAUCAUUACAAGUACCAUGCAGGAUUUGCAAGAUUCAGGCACUUUCCCCAGCCUCCUGCAAGCUUUGAGCAGAGAGAGGGAAAACAAAAAGCACUUCUAUGAUGUCAUUGCCAGGGAGGAAAAAGGAAAAAAACAGAUAAAAUCUCUUCAAAGGCAGCUGGUGAAUGUCAGAGAAGAACGGCAAGCUGAAGCUCAGAAUCAGAAUGAAUAUAUUGCUCACCUCAAGGACCAAUUGCAGGAGAUGAAAGCCAAAACCAACCUAGAGAAUUGCUAUAUGAAAAAAAUUACUGAGCUGCAGAUCGCUCAGACCCAGAAAAAGGGUAAUAAGGCAGAGGAGCUCUUGCUGGAAGAGAUUGAGAAACUACGGAUGAAAAUGGAAGAAGAGAACCGCACUCAUAGGGAGAUUGAAAUGUUCCUUAAAAAAGAGCAGCAGAAACUUGAAGAGAAGCUGGAGUUCUGGAUGGAGAAGUUUGAUAAGGACACAGAGAUGAAACAGAAUGAGCUAAAUGCUCUCAAGGCUGCGAAGGCCAGCGACUUAGCACACCUACAAGACCUUGCAAAGCUGAUAAGGGAGUAUGAACAGGUCAUCAUCGAGGAUCGUAUAGAAAAGGAGAAGACGAGGAAGAAGAUAGAACAGGAUGACCUGGAAUUAAGGAGCAUCAUAAAGCUUCAGGCCUGGUGGCGCGGCACUGUGAUACGGAAGGAAAUUGGUGGCUUCAAACUGCCCAAAAAGGAGAAAGAUGAUAGCAAAGAAUCAAAAGGCAAAGGCAAAGACAAGGACAAGAGGAGAGGCAAGAAGUGACUGAGCCAUUUCUGUCCUUUCUCCUGGUGUUCCAGAGAUGGGAAGGGGUGCUUGGAGGGAGAAUGAUCUCUUUGCACCACAGGUAACUAAUCCAAGGUUAACUUGGACUCGGCAAGGGAAGGCUGGUGGUUUCUUUUUGCCUGUUGCAUUAGUUUUCAAACCCUGAAUCAGGAGUGUACUGUUGACUUCAGGUGUCCUUAUAUUCUGAAUGCUGCCGGCAAGUAUAUCCAGUAGCCUUAUGAAGGUUCUUCCUGCCUUUUCACAAAAAAAAAAAAAAAAAAAAACAAAAACAAACAAACAAAAAAACCACCAAAAACAGUUCAUAGGCUUUGUCAUAGUGAUACACUAACACACACUUGGGUAAUUCCUACAAUGUCUCAUUCUGACUUUAUCCAAAGUGUAUACAGGGAAACAACUCUUAUGAACAAAACUGAGGUGUUCAGUAGGAAUUACAAGAUAACGUUUUUAAAGUGUCUCACAAAGUAUACACAUAGUAAAGUAGUAGUAAACAUUGGUUUUUGCUUGCCUUAGAUUUAUUACCAUUUUAGUGUUUUUACUGGGGGGCAGGUGGCAUAGAAUACAUAUCCUAUUAUAGGCUGCUUAUGUGAAUUUCCUGGGAAAUAGGUGAGGAUAAAAAUUAGGAAUUCAAGAUAGAAAUGAGAUGUUAGGACAUAAAUAUGGCCUACAAAUAGUAAAGAUGGCAACACUUCUCUUGAAGGCUAGUUUGGAGAUAGUUUGCACAAGUGAGACGUUAGGGUCUCUCUCUGCUCCGCUUACUCAACAAUUCCCACCUAAGGGGCAUGAAGGCUAAUAAUUAAGGUAUGUGAAAAGAAGCACCUGUGCCUGGCUGACUGUUCCAGCCCAUAAGGCCAUUCUUGCUCUCAUGAAUCCAAAUGGAAUGUCUUGGGAUGCUAAAGCUGUCCUGGUGGCAUAACUGGGUAUUUCUGGGAGAAAAGUUACCCUUAAUGUGUCAUCUGUGUUUCAUGAACUCCAAAUGCGGAGUAGUCUGGAUAUCUGCUCCCUUAAUAAAGUACAUUUUGAUUUCAAAGGCCUGUUUCACAGACCAGUUCCUUCAGGGAAUUCACUACCCCUCCAGAAUUCAUCUUAGCUGCAGUAACCAUACUUGAUGUAUGAAUACGUUCAAACAUUUAUUUACAUGCUACUUAAGUGUUGGCUUUUAUUUUAAUGUCAAUGUGUAAGGCAGCAUACAGUCAAUUUAAAAUAACAUAUAUGAUACUGACAUAUUUAUACUUAGAACAUAUUAUGCAAUGUAUUUACAGACAUACAAAUAUAGGACAGUUUUACAAAACUUGCUAAUUACACGUUUUUAACAUAUCCAGACAUAAGAUGAAAUCCUGCUGUAAACCAUCUCACUGUAAUGUGUACAUAAAAAGACUUCUGAAUAUCCAUGGGUUCCUUCACUUCUAUAACCAUUUAAGAGCUUAGUUUAUAUGAAUUCAGCCGUGUCAGCACAGUCACACAUCGUUAGUCACCGCUGAGCUGUGGAAAGUAGGAGCGGUCAGACUCCUGGGUUAGGUUUCAGAAGCUGACAGGGAGCAUGACAGCUGCUUGGCCUCUCUGCUCUGUUCCAGCCAAGCACAAAGGCCCCUCUUCCCAGGAGCUGUUUCCAGACGUGGGCAUUGGGAGAGAGGGUUGGUGUGCAGGGUUCUCAGAGAUGCGCCAGGAAGCUGGGGAACUGCUGCCAGCAUCUCUGUAGGUGGCAGGCCCCUCUGGGUGGGCACUCAGCCUUUUCGGGGUCAGGGCUGGCAAGGUCAAGGUCACUGCUGCAGGUCAGGGGCACUGUGACAAGGACAUCUUCAUCUUUCAUUGGAGCCCAGCAAGACUAAAUGUUAAACUGAGUUGUUCUUUCCAGUUAAAAAAAAAAAAAAAAAAAAAAAAAAAAAAAAAAACUACACACAAAACACUGAAUACAAAAUGUCUUAAAAAAAAAAACAAA